UCACAGUCAGGUUCAGUCCCUCCGUCUGUCGGUGUUGAUCCCACUCGGUGCAGGCUUCUCAGGACACCAGCCGUGAUGCAGCGGGCUUUGUUCAGCCGGAGCGCGCUGCUCGCCCAGCAGGCCCUCGACAGUCCGCUGGCCGCGAGGAGCGCGCCUCUGCUCCAGCGCCUGGACCGCUCCAUGUCCUCACUCUCCAUCCCGCCGCCAGCAUGCAUGCUGCGGCCGCUGGAGGCUCCUCUGCGUUACCUGUUCGGACCGGGACCCUCAAACGUUCCUCCACGUACUUUAGCCGCACAGGGCAGGCCGAUAAUUGGUCACCUGCAUCCAGAAAUGUAUGAGAUCAUGAAUGACAUCAAGCAAGGAAUCCAGUACAUCUUUCAGACCGAGAACAACAUGACUAUAGCCAUGAGCGGCUCCGGGCAUGCGGCCAUGGAGUGCGCGGUGUUCAACACGGUGGAGCCCGGAGAGAGCGUGCUCGUCGCCAUCAACGGGAUCUGGGGAGAGCGCGUGGCAGAAAUUGCAGAAAGAAUGGGUGCCAAUGUACAUAGAAUGGUAAAGACACCUGGAGGAUAUUUCAGCAAUAAGGAAAUUGAAGAGGCCAUGGCAAAACACAAGCCUGUCCUGUUCUUCCUCACACAUGGAGAGUCCUCCGCUGGCCUCUGUCACCCAGUGGACGGCAUUGGAGACAUCUGCAGGAAACAUAACUGCCUCUUUCUGGUUGACACAGUAGCGUCUCUUGGUGCGGCACCAAUUUUUAUGGACAAGCAAAAUAUUGAUAUCCUGUACAGUGGUUCUCAAAAGGCUCUGAAUGCGCCUCCUGGCACCGCACCCAUCUCCUUUAAUGACAGAGCAUGCCACAAGAUGUUUAACAGGAAAACAAAACCGGUAUCCUACCUAUUUGAUAUGACACAUCUGUCCAACUACUGGGGUUGUGAUGGCCAACCAGCCAGAGUGUACCACCACACUGGUCCAGUGUCUGGAUUCUUUGCUCUGAGGGAAGGUCUGGCAAUUUUGGCUGAGAAGGGGCUGGAGGAAUCCUGGAAGAAACACAAGGAGGUGGCAUCCUAUUUGUACAGAGGACUGGAGGACCUGGGCCUCAAGCUCUUCAUCCCUGAACGGGACCUGAGGCUUCCCUCUGUUACCACCAUCGCCAUCCCUGAUGGCUACAACUGGAGGGAGUUGCUGGCAUACAUGAUGAAACACCACCAGAUGGAGAUGACCGGAGGCCUGGGCCCUUCCAUUGGCAUGGUAAUGAGGAUCGGAUUGAUGGGAUACAACUGUGAGAAGCAUAAUGCUGACAUGGCACUGCAUGCCCUGGCAGACGCCCUCAAGAACUGCAAAAAGAGCAGGGCUUAAGACACCAAAUUCCCUGACCUCUCACUCUGUACUCAUUCAUUAAGGAAUCAAGAGUAAAUAUUCAGUUGCUGGACACCUGGAACAGUGCAUAAAGUUCAGGAUUUUUUCUGUGCAUUCCACUAUAUAGAGAUUUUAUUAAACAAAGACAAUGUGCCUUUAUUGUAUAAGUAGGUUAGUUUUCCAAUAAAGGAGCAGAUAUGUGAGAGCAUUGAAAGAUGUCAAUAAAGUGUGCUUUAAUUUAUCAAA